CGAAACUAAAGGCUCCAUCAACUAAACCACGCUGCGGAUAACUGCGAUGUGUAAUUAGUACAUAAAAAAUACGAUGUCGUGCUCUUCCAUAGAUCCAGUUUUCACCUCCCAUGCUGUUAAUAAUCGCAAUUGUCCUAAUGUCUUUCAUCGUCUUACUCUAUUUUUUACAGGACAUCAAAAAUGGGUUAUGAGGGUUAUAUUUCUCGUAUGACACCUAGCGAUCUCGACAACGACGAUACUUUUCCGGAGAGGCACACUCUUAAUCCUACCGCCGAAUUCAAGUCGCAGUCAGACGCUCGGGAAGAGCAUAAACGGGAAAACACCCCUACAAGACAGAUCCGGCGACGGCCCAGACGGCGAUCGGAGAGCGCAGAUGGCUACGAGAUGAGGGAUAGAUACUGGGAAGCAAUGGAUAUUAUCGAGCAAGAUCUUACGGAAGCGACAAAAGCACCUGCUGUUUGGGAUUACGUCUAUGAUCCGGUAUGCCUACCUCCGUCAGGUGUUUCUAAGACUCCUGCUAUCCGCCGACUCGGAAGCCUCCCAAUUCGAAGAGCGUGGAGGCGUCUUAACAGUCGAGAACAUCCCGACCUAGGAUCGACGGGGAUAGUUGAAGCUGUCAUGCUAUAUGAGAGGGGCAUAAUCCUAUCUCGUCAGCUCCAAUGUACACACUGUCGGAAAAGUCAAGGCGUAUCUCCUGGAUGUGUUGUUCUAGAUACCGAAGAAGAGUUCCGGGGAUCACCAGAUAGCCUCAGCAGACUUAGGCUAAUGUGCAGCAAUUGUCUAUACGACGGUCGACAGUGCGAUGUGCAGAUACAAUCUGCACGGAACCAGCCUUCUAGAACACCAACGCCUAGCCAGAUUAAGGGAUGCUCUAUCUCGAAUCCAAUACACCUAGAUGUACUCGACCUAAUCGAAAAGAUGCUGAAGUCUGAAGGAGCCGAAAAAGAAGAUGCGGCCACUCGAGCAAAGGAGAUUGAGAUGGCAGCUUUAGAGAUCGCGCAAGCAGCACACGAAUGGGGUCUUGGUAUUAAGGACAAACGCCGAAGGAAUAUAUACCCGACGCAUUCUACGAAUUAAAUCUUCAUUGGCAUCUGCGCGCAUCAUUAGGAAGAUUCAAAAUGGUCCAGAAUGCGGUGCUAAGCGAGCGAAACCUCGAAAUUUCCGUAGGAAAGGAAACGUGCGGUUAGUCAUGCUUAAUCUCAUAGAAUUCCUUUGGUAAUGCUUAUUUCGAUCACAGCAUUAAUUGUAAAAUAUUCCAGUCUUCAGUACCGAAGCGGCGGGGAGAAAAGGCCCUAUGCUGGCCAAGUGAAACUCAUGAUCUGAGCUCUUGAAGUUCC